AUGUCUGACAUCGCAGUGCCAGCACCCGUUGUAGUGGAAAAUCAAGACGGAACUAAGACCAUUGUGUCUUACAAGAUCGACAAUGGCAAGAAGUUCAGAGUCACGCAAAAAGUGCGCGAAAUUAAGGUUACAGAGAAGGUGAACAAGUCAGUUGCAGCUCGUAAAAACUGGCACAAGUUUGGUGCUGAAAAAGACUCUGCACCUGGCCCAGACUACUCUACCACGCAACUGGGUGAAGAAAUAUUGUUGAGACUGGGAACGCAAUGGCGUAAAAUCGAAGAAGAAGAAGAACAGAAGGCCAAGGAAUCCAAAGGUGGUGAAAAACUCAUUACAUGUCGUAUCUGUGGUGGUAACCAUUAUACCAUGCACUGUCCUUUCAAAGAGACCAUGGGCGAUGCCAACGCUGUCAACGGCGGUGCUGGCGGAGACCCAGCGGUUUCCGGCGAUCCAGCGGUCGACGGUGGAGCUGGCGGCGAAGGUGAGAUCAUCGCAGGAAAAUACGUUCCUCCAUCCCGGAGAGCUGGUGCUCGCGAUCCUUCUUCUAGCAACAACUUCGAUGCUUACCGUGAUCAAAGAGAGCGUGACGAUGCUAUGACCUUGAAGAUCAUGCAAUUGAACGAAAACGCUGACGAGAAUACCCUAAGAUACGAACUGCUGUUCCCAUUCGGUAGAAUACCUAAAGUGGUGGUGGUGAGAAAUAGAGAAACCGGUAGAUCCAGAGGUAUCGCAUAUGUGACAUUCGAGACAGAAGAAAUUGCUGAAAGCGCUUUGAAUUUCCUAAACGGCAGAGGUUUUAUGAACCUGAUCUUGAAUGCUGACUGGUCCAAGCCUAAGGUAAAGGAGGAGUAA